AUGACGAUACCAAGGCCUCACCUUCACGUACUGCCUCACCAGGACCCGCAGCUAUUCCGCCGCGCACUGCGGCUGUCGUUCGAGACGCGCCAGCUCACGAAAGGAGCUCGACGACCGACGAAUGAAUUCUCGCAGCCCUCGCCGCCCUCUCGGACCGCAUGGAGAAGAUGGAGACUUCCCAGAUACAGAUUGGACGAGGAUGAGCGUAUGCGCGGUGUCAUAGAAAGCGGCACGUUUGCAUCGGCUCUCGGCGCGAAUAUGGGCGCAAGGACAGUCUACUACGACGCUCUAAGAAACUCACCAGAGCGCAAACCAGCGGCUCGUGAAGCGCGGUCGCCAGGACCGUCACCCGAACUCGGAGGAUCGUUGUUAUCAUCUCUAGUGACGCGGUCACCGAUGCCGUACAUGCAACAAACGCGGGGGCGCACCCCUGCUGACGACGCAUUUUCCCAAGCGGCAGCCCAGCGCAAGCUAACGAUCCGUAAGUUUGACGGAAUAGAGUUGCAUCGUGGCUUGGGAUCCGGUUUCUAUGAUUGGGGGAAGACGUUCCUACGACAAGUCAACUUGGCCGAGGCAUCGUGCGGUUUUCGGUGGAGCGAAGACGUUAAGGUCGACCUACUCGGCCAUUACCUAGACGGUACAGCCGAGAGGUACUACCACAAGCAAGUUGACUUCUGGCGGAAGCAGAACCCAGCACCGGACAACGUGAUGGGACGCUUAUUGAAGACGUUUAAGACGACGAUCACCGCCGGCCAGUCCAUGAAACUUGUUUCGCAAAAGAAGGACGCAAAAAGGUCAUGGAUGAGCAUUUCCUGUACCUAG